UAAAGCUAUCAUAAAAACAAAACUAUGAAUUGAAAUAUUGAAGUUCGGUAGCAAAUAUUGCUUCAAAGUCGGCAUGUCUCGUGUCACCUAUUAUGAGAAGAUGGGAUAUAUCUACGAUUUGAAACAUUACCAAAAUGAUGGAAUUUUCAUAGGGAUUUGGAUAGGUAUGCGGUCAAAGUUAGCCAGGGUGGCAUUUGCUAUCUGUUUGUUGUACGCUAUAAUUUGGAUUAUACUGGAUCUGGGUGCAGGGAUCACUAGACACUUGGAAAAACAUUUUGCGAAUGAUGCGUCUCGAUUGAAUAUCAACGUUUUGUCCAAUAGAUCGUCCUCAUUUAUACUAAAGGAAGACCAACUUGAAGAAAUCGCUGAUUAUUUCAAUAUUACCGACGAAGUCGACCGCUUCAAUCUGGAUGUAUUGCUCCAGCAUUAUGAAAACUUUGAACGAGACAGUACAGGAAAUAAAAGUGUAUUGGACAUGACGCCAGUAAGGUUUCUGAAGGACUACAAAAAUCCUUGCUGGAUAGCACGUAACACGAACAUGUCCCCAAACUUUCAUUUCCGCAAGGCGAAUAUGUCCGUCACUCCCAAGUGGGUGUCCGAGGUGGGGCGUAGUUUUGGCUGGAAGUUACGUUGUUUACCAUACUUCUAUGUGGUAGGGAUGGUGAAAUCUGGAACAUCGAACCUAUUUCGCAUGAUCUCGAGAAACCCGGAAGUUGCGACACCGUUGCUGAAGGAGUACCACUGGUGGUCAUACCUGAGAGCCCUAAACACCAAAGACCACAAUCGAAAACCAUUACCUUUGUCCGAUUACGUCAAUGCGUUUGAAGGAAUGGCAGUCAAUAUACGGAAAAGUCAAAUGAAGGGAAUGCAGAAAAUAACUGGCGAGGCAAGUGCCAGUACAGCUUGGUGGACAGGGCUAGAAAAGUGGGAUCGCCAUAAAGGACCUAAACGGACCAAUGGACACUAUAUCGCACACAUACAACCCAAUGCUAAAAUAAUCUUCAUUCUGAGGAACCCGGUUGACAGGCUCUACUCAGAGUACAUGUUCUUUAGCACCAACCUGCCAAAGUCCCCAGAGGAUUUCCAUAGCAAAGCAAUCAUCGCCAUUACUGAGUUCCAGAGAUGCCUCAAGUCAGGGGUGACGCUCAGAGCAUGCGUUUAUGAAAAGAAUAUUAAAAACCUCAGAGAGGUUGGCUAUCCAUGGCUGCGCCUCCAUAUUGGCGUUUACUACGUUGUGGUUGAGGAAUGGAUACGGCUGUUUGGGCAUGAGCAUGUGUUAGUAGUUAAUACACACGUCAUGGAUGAAACGAUGCCUCGUCUCUUUAGCUUCCUACAAUGUAGUAAUACAACCCAUGUUGCUGGUCUGGAGAGAAUUAGAAAGCAGCGCAAGCCCCAUCUUCAAGCCGUUGGCCCAAUGUUAAAUACAACCAGAGAACUACUUACAAAGUUUUAUACACCAUUUAAUAAAAAAUUAGCUAGUUUAUUACACGACAAUAGCUUUUUAUUUAACAUGGAUAUGACGUAGCCUAUUUCUGUUAAUGGUUUUUUAAUACAUAUAG